AUGGACACCUCAAAUAAAGAGUUCCAUUUUGGUCUUCUGCGGAUCUCCAUGAUUCAGUUGCUGAAAAGCCAGGGGUUUGACAAGGCCUCCGUGGUGAUAUUAGAUGCAUACACCGACCUAUACGUGCGCUUCCUGCAGCUACUUACCCUUGAGGUAAUGCGGCUUUCACGAAGUAGAAUGGACGAGUACGAGGAUGUAGCCUUACAGGACAUAUCCCAGGCCCUAUUAAAUGUUGGUCUUUUGAAACCUAUGAACAUCCUUGACGUUUAUGAUGAAAAUCCAGAUCUUUUGAGUGAUAUGGGAAUGCAGCGAUUUAAGAACUGGUGCCUUCAGAAUACUAUGCCACAAGAGGCGCGUGCUGUAGCAACACCAACUGCUGACCUACUUCGAUCCAAAGACAAGGCUUCUAAGCCUUUAUCAAUGAUUCCAGAAUAUAUUAAUCAACUCGAUAAGGGUACAGACAAAAUAAGGUCUGACCAUAUUGCCCGCAAGGACGAAACGGUUGACCAGAUGAUCUCUAGCGGGGAUAUGGAUGAUUGGGUUCGUUUUCUCCUUCGCAAACAACAGCUUCAGUUUGCAGCGAAAGGUUCUGCAAGAGAAAUAAAAGAUUUAAACGCACUACCCCCUUUGCCGGGCCUGAAGAAUUCCGUUUUAUCAAGGGCUUACGCGCCAGAGGCAAAUGAAAUAACACCAGAACUGUACGAUGCCGACAAUGAGGAAAGAGUAAGGAAACAUAAUAUGCUGCUUUCCAAGAUGGUAGUAGAUCACAAAGGCAUGAGGCUAGAAAACAUUCGGCUGUCAUUCGAAGAUGAAGAUCUACGGAGUAGCGAACCUGGUGUCAACAUAGACGACGUAGGAUUUGUGGAUGAUGAGGCCAACGAAGACAUUGAAGAGAUUGAACGUUUUGAGGGCAAUCUCGGUCUAAGCUUUGACGGGGAUUCUGCCAAUUUGCAGCUUGCCGAAGCAAAUAGUCUCACAGAUACUUUUCAGCGAAGGGACUCGUUGGAUUUUGGGGAUGAUGUUUUUCAAAGAACUGAAUUUGACUUCAACACCUUUUAA